AUGUUUGAGACGCGCUCCUCGGAAUCGAUCCUGACGCAAGGGCAGGGCCGCCACAACCCGAUGAUUAUCCAGGCCGUGGGCACACCUCGCGAUAGCGUCGUGGAAUUCCAUUUCGCGCAACCGAAGAUUAACAGCGACCUGGGCAUAGUCGCUGCGGAUCGGGCCAAGCCCACGUUCACGAAGUGGAACUUGACGAUCAAGGGAUGGGCCGACUAUCCAAAGCCGCACCACCCGGUGUUUCUCGCUCCUGGCGAGCGCGUUCUGUACCGCGAGACGACCGUCACCAACACCCCUAACCUACAGCACUAUGUGGCUCUGCUCUUGCCCCCCUCCCUCGGUACCGAUACUCGCCCCUUGCUGCCCUCCACGGACUACAAUAACCGCCACCGCAAGGACGCACGCUCUGUAUCGCCAGCGCCCUCCCGCUACAGGACGGUACCGAGUUCAUCAAUGGUUUCCCUGGAUGAUGUCUUCGCGGGAAGCAGCGCUCGCGCCGAAUCCAGCGUGUCGAGGCGAACGAAGUCGUCCACGCCGCACAAAGUCGUCGCGCGGCGCUCGUCAUUUAUCGACCGCUUGUUUGGGGACGACGCGCCUGACGGGGCAGAGAAGCGCGGGGUCAAGCGGGCGGGGUCCUCCACGCCGAGCGCGGUCGGGAAGCGUCGAAAGCUGCCGACCAGGGAGAGCAGCCCCAACGCCAUAGAUCUCACUGGCGGGGGUCCGGAGGCCGGUCCAUCGCACUCGAACAGAAGCUUGUCUCGAGGCAGCACCGACCAGGCGAUGGCUGGCAGGUCGAGCGGGUCAGGUUUGGGCGGUGGCAUGCCGGCUGCCACUGCGAACGUGGGUACACACUCCCUCAACGGGCCCGCGAAGGACCAGGGUGGGCGGUUGAGCGGGCCCGAUGAGGGGUACAUCGUAAUUUCGGAUAACGAGGACGAGCUGUAG